AUGUCUCACGAGCAUCAGAGGCAUGAUUCAGGUUCCAAGCAGCCAUCCAGGCGUAGAGGAUCCAGUUCAAGCUCGCCCAAAUGCAAGCACGAAAUCACGUCAUUGAAUCCAAAAGAUAUACAGGUGGCAAAUGCUUUCCAUCUCAUGGAAGAGCUUGUGAAGAGGUCUAGGGGUUUUGCUAAUAGGAAGAAUCCAAAUGAAAAUCUAAAGCGAACAAAACUCGACAACUUCCUCAAUAGCUUUCCCGGAACAAAAGAGAAAGUAGAAGGAGUAAUGCAUACACUGGAACGUUAUCGUCUGGAAGUUAUAAACAUUAACGUUGGGUUUGCUUGGAGCCAUGGAGAAAGUUUGGAAGGCGGCGAUAAACUCAAGGCAGAAGAGAGACAAAAGAAGAAGUAUCUAUGCUGUAACCUCGGCCGUUACAACAAGUAUGCUGAGAUAUGUCCAGAAUACAAAUCAGACCUGAAGGAAAUCAUUCAAACAUUGCAAGAGGAUUUCAAGAUUGUCAUACCUAAUGAUCAUCUCAUCGAAGUCUCAGAGAGUGACGCACUGGAGGAAAAAAUUAUAGAAACUCUAAUUACGAAAUGA